AGUCACCGCCCGUAUCUCGGCGCGCAAAGUCUCUCGAGUUGAUUUUCCCUAAAAAAAAAAAAGCUCAUUCAGUUUGUGCCAUAUACAUAUUUUUAAAUUAUGAUAAUUUUAAACCAGGAAUAUUAUAAUAAAUACUCUAUAAAAAUUUAAAUUAAUUUGAGUUAUUAAAGUUUUUUUUUUUUUGUUUAUUCAUUUUUUUUUUUUUUUAUUAAAAUUAUUUUAAUUUAUUUUAAUUUAAAAAAAAAAAAUAUGAUGGAUGUAAAAUAUUUUUUGGGUUAUUCAUCAAAUUUUAUUUCGAUAAAUUACAUUGUGAAAUUGUUGACUGGAGAUCCAAGUGUCAGUGAUUAAAUUAAAUUUUUUAUUUUUUUUUUUUUUUGUGAAAGACUAUUGACGUGUUCUAAAUAAAAUUUCAAACAUAAAAAAAAAAUUAAUGGUUAUUCAUUUAACAAUUUUUUUGACAAUUAUAAGGUACAUGAUGAUGAAACCACUGAAGAAUCGAUGAAACUACAAAAACCAUUAUUUGGUAAUAAAAGAUGAAUAAACAAAAACAAAUAGACAUGGUGGUUAUACCUGAGGGCUGAGAUAACAUAAUUUAAAUUUCUGAGAUGCAGCAGUUGAAUACAUGGGUGAUAGCCAUUAUCGGCAUUACACUUACAAUCGUUGCCCCGGAAAUGGAAAAAAAAACUAAAGAAACAACGAUGAUUAUAAAAAUAACUAACGAAAUAAGAGAAAAUAAAAUUUUGCUUGCCUCAACAAUAUCAAGUGCCAUACGUUGCAAGGAAAAAUUGAAUAUUAAUCUUAAAAUAUAUGACAAAAAAAGAAAACAAAUAUCAAUUGAUAAAACAAAAACAACUACUGAAUUUAAUAAAUUUAAAAUAUGUGAAGAAUUAAAAACAAAGAGGAUAAAAUUAUCUAAAACAUUUGAUAAUACUUUGAAACAAUUUGCAGAAAUAUCACAAGAAGCACGUAUAUUAUCUGACAAUAAUGCUGAUACAAAAGUAAGACAACAUCGAAGUAUAAAUAACAAUGAAUUUCAAGCUACAGAAAUUCCUACAAACUCAACAAUAUCCAAUCCUGACAAAUUGAUAAAUACUGAAUCAACAAAUACAACUAUUUUUGAUGAUACUCAAUUAACGUCAAAUGAUACAUCACCAACAAGUCAUCAAAAUAAAUCUGAUGAAAUGAAUAAUCAAUCAUAUUCAUUAAAUUUAACAUCAGUUGAUGCUAAAAGUGAAAAGUUAAUGGCGUCAUCAAAUAUAUCAAUGAUAAAUAAAUUGACCGAAGAAAAAAUUGAAAAUAAUGAAGAGGCAAGUGUUGAUAGUAUUGAAUCACCUCUUAUUAUUUCAAAUCAACCUUGGCCCUCACGUAGACUUGCUCUAAGCCAAAAAAAAAUACAUGAAAAUAUCAUAAAUGAGGACAAGCUGUCUUAUCCCAGAAAGGAUCAAUCUAAACCUUCAAUAAAUCUUGUUGACAGUGGAAAACCUAGCAAAAUUUUUUAUGAAAUAAAACCAUCAUUCAAUACAGCCAUGAACAUUGAUGAUAAUAAUGAUGAUGAUGAUGAUUUUAAUAGUAAUAAUAAUAGUGAUAAUAAUGAUAAUGUUGAAACUCGUCUUCCUAUUAUUUCUGUAACAAGAAAAAGUUUUAUUGCUGGUUUUAAAUUACCAAAUAUGCCAAGUUCAUUUGGUAAAUUUGGACCGUAUUUUAUUGAUAAUGUUGAUCAUAGAAUUAUCACUGAAAGAACUGGAAAUAGUGUUAUUCUUGAUUGUCGAAUUGGUCUUCUUGGUGAUAAAAAGGUGACCUGGUUACAACAUGACAAAGACUCAAUCCGACUACUCACAGUCGGAAAUGUACAGUACAGUGCGGAUGAACGGAUCAGUUUGAAAUUUCAAUAUCCUGACAACUGGAGAUUGCAAAUCACCUAUGCAACACUACGUGAUACUGGACUUUACAAGUGUCAAGUUGAGAUUGAUCCAACACGUUCACUUGUCAAACAUUAUAAUGUUGUCAUUACAGCACCUGUAUUGAAAAUAACUGAUGAUUCAGGAAGAGGAAUAUCUGGUGAAAGACACCUUAAAGCUGGAAGUACUCUUCGUUUAAAAUGCGAGGGUAGAGAUGUGUUGGAAAAACUUAACGAAUCGUUACUUUGGACAAGGGGAGACGAGACACUCACUUCCGAUGUCAGUGAAAAUAGAACAAUUGAAAUUGAAGGUAACAAGGAGAUACCAAUUAUAAUAAGUACAUUAGUAGUUGAAAAAGCAACAUCAAGACAUGCAGGAAAUUACAGUUGUACAGUACCGGAGAGAGCAAAGACUACUAUUGCUGUUCAUGUAUUAAAUGGCGAGCUUCCAGCUGCUGUGCAUCAUGGAAAUGGAGUUUCUAAUGCAAUGCUCAAUCUCUGGUUAAUUCACUUAACUAUAAGCUACGGAUUUUUCAGAUGACAAUGCUAAGGAUACUCAAUGGUUUCUCAAUAGAUGAAUUUAUGGAGGCAUUCAAUUGUAGGAUAAACAAAUGUUUUAUGAAGAUAAAUAAAAGUAUAUAAUAAUGAAUGCAAGUUUUUAAAAAUAUCUUGAAAAAAAUUUAUAUUAUGUAUUAGGCACAUUUAUGCUUAUAUGCCAGAUACAGUAUGAGUAAAAAAAAAUAAAACAAAAUGGAAUAAAAAAAUUGUACAAGAAGAAAUAGAAGCAGCAGGAAAAAAAAAAUGAAAAGAAAAAGAAAAACAGAUUGUUGAUGUCAAACUGGCAAAAAUUUAUAACCAAUAUGCUUUUCCCAGUCGGAUGGAGCAUAUUUCAUGAGAGGAAGCUAGUCGUUUCCGCCUUCGACUUUUACACAGCGAUCGUGAAUCACUCAACAAUACUUUUUUUUUUUUUUUCUCACUUAAUAUAUAUCUUUAUGGUUCAUUUUAUUUUAUCUUUGUUUAUUUUAUUUUUUUUUUCAUCACCUUUUUCGGUUGCGAGAAAAAUAUAAUAAAAAAUUACACCAUUUUUUUUAUUUACAUUAAAAAAGCAGUAGUAUAAACUCGCAAUAGUCAGACAGCUUGAAAUUUUUUUUUAUUUUUUUCAAAUUAUUAAUUAAUUGUUCGAUCAUAAUUUUUAUA